AUGUCAAGCCGUAUACCGACCCCGGCACGACUUCAGGAGCUGUUUAGACUCCAGUGCUUUGUUUUUGGGAAAGUCCACAACCCAGAAGCCAAGCGUAUUGGCACCAAAGUUCUGCGGGAAAGUUUGAAAGGGCCUCAAAUCCGUAACUAUUACUAUCCCUCCAAGCAGAUUUUACCCACACCUGCCAAACUUAAUAAAAUUUUCGGUAACUGGACCACUGUCGAUCCCGAGGAGGAGCAUCGUCUGGAGCGGAACGAGUAUUUGCGCCGUAAAGGCAAAGGUGCGCCCAAGAAGCUGAAGGAGAAAAAAGUGAUCGAGAAGAAACGCAAGUAA